AUGGAUUUAGAGGCCCAUUUUCGUUGUUGCCAUGCUUUGAUCAAUCUCUACCAACUGGAUUCCCAGAAACUCAUUGAAAUAUUCGAGCGAAAAUUUUUCCACCAGUUGUCUUAUCUCACUUCUGGCGGCCAACGAAUGCCAGAAACGGUCAGGUACGAGUGUAUUCUGGACAUCUUGGAGUUCACCGAGUCCAUGUUGAGUGAUGAACGCAUCGUGAACCAACUGAUUGCCAUGACAUUUGGAGCCAUAAGAUAUAAUGAUGAGGCAGAGGAGGAUGAAGCUGGAGAGACAUCAAUGGAAGUUAGUUUUGUUCCAGCUAGUAAAUCAGGCAUUGAGGCAUUGAAGAAGGUUUCUGGUUUGGGCUGUGAAUGUGUGAUUUGCCUUGGAAAUUUUGCCAAGCAAGCUAAUGGAGACUGCAAUGUUCAGUGGCCGGAGAAGAGUCAUUUGUGUCCAUUCGAAGACAUUUUGCACUUUAAUCUUUGA